AUGACUCUUGGCCUGGUAGAAUCGUCCCGCAGCGCGGCCUUCGCGGUCGCUGCGCACGCGCCGGUCCUUGGGCUCAUUCUGCUUGGCAGCAUUGUGGCAUAUGUUGGUACCUUGCGCUACAUCCCAAAUGUGGCGAGGACGCUCUUGGAUCGCAACAUCUUCGGCAUCGACAUAAACAAGAGCACGGAGGAGCAGCGCCAGAAGUUUGCUGCGAAGCGCCGGGCCGGUCAGACAGAGGAGAAGGAAUUCCAGAAGCAGGCGAUUCCAGAGUCUCUCGGCAUCCUCGUAGGCGCCGUGUACCUUUCUGUGGUGGUGGUACUCACCGUGUGUCUCCGGUUUCUCGGCGCCGCUGGUGAGGGGUUAGACAACCCUUACGCAUCGCUUCCGGGUCCUUUGAUGACCAUCACCGUCAUGCUUCUCUUGGGCUUCGUGGAUGACGUGCUGGAUGUGAAAUGGCGCCACAAGAUCAUCCUCACGGCGCUCGGCUCGCUGCCACUCAUCAUGACUUACGACGGAAGUCUAUCCGUGCUGAUGCCGUGCGCGUUCGGUCGCUUCGGUCUGUCUACCAUGAACGUAAUGAAGGAGUGGCGUCUUGGCCUCGCCGCUCCCCAAGGCGAACCGACGACCACCUUUCGCGCCACGGCUCUCUCGACAUGGUUCUCCUUCACUGUCAACCACCGCUCCUACGUUAAGGUCACCGAAAGCGGCGCAGCUCUGAUCUACCUCGGUCCCGUCUACCUCGUUUACUUGUCCAUGCUGUGCAUCUUCUGCACCAACAGCAUCAACAUUCUCGCCGGCGUCAACGGUGUGGAGGUGGGGCAGAGCAUUGUGAUCGCAGUCGCGUCUGUUGUGUACAACCUAUUCCAGAUGCGCCUCGAUAGACAGUUGACGCCGGACUUUAGCAGCCUCGACGCUGCUGCGGCAGAUGCACGCGACAUGACGAGCGACCAUCAACUACGCGCGCUGCUCUUGCUGGGCCCUUUCAUCGGUGUGAGCCUGGCCCUCUGGCGCUACAACCGCUACCCCGCCCGCGUCUUCGUGGGAGACAGCUAUACCUACUUUGCCGGCACCGUGCUGGCAGUGUCUAGCAUCACUGGUGUGUACAGCAAGACACUGCUGCUCUUUUUCGCGCCGCAGGUGUUCAACUUUCUCAUAUCACUGCCGCAGCUCUUCAGCAUCGUGCCGUGCCCGCGCCACCGCGUGCCGACGUGGAAUCCGCGGACGAACUUGUUGUCAAACAGCCACAACUAUACCAUCCUCAACGUUAUCCUCUACCUCUUCGGCGAUAUGCACGAGGCGAAGCUGACGUGGGCGAUCCUCAAGUGUCAGGUCAUCGCCUGUGUUCUUGGCUUCGUCGUGCGGUACGUGUUGAGCGCCUUUCUCUACGAUGAAGUGCGCUAG